AUGUCUGCAAACAAGGAAUACAUCAAUCCCGCAGGGCUGCGGCUUGACGGUCGCCGGCCGCAUGAAUCGAGGCGGAUAGCUUUGGAAUUCGGCAAAGUGGUGGGGUGCGAUGGGUGCUGUACGGUGACAACGGGUCUGUCGAAUGUGUGUGCCACAGUCUACGGUCCGCGCGAGGUGGUGCAGAGGACAGAGGGGAAGUACAACGAGGCGGUCGUCACAUGUGAAGUUGCCAUUGCCGCAUUCGCUAGUGAGAAGCGGCGCGACCCGAACAGGAAGUCGAAGCUUUCGGAUGAGAUCAGUGCGUCUGUGCUGGAGGUCGUCCGCUCCAUUGUGCUGCUUUCACAGUACCCAAACUCGCAGAUCCACAUUUGCAUUGAGGUGCUUCGGCAGGAUGGCAGUGAUAAGGCGGCCUGUAUCAACGCUGCGUGUCUGGCUCUCGCCGACGCGAGUGUUGCCAUGCGGGAUGUGGUGUACGCUCAAACAGUGGGAUUGAUUGACGACGCCGAGGUCGUUGACCUCACAACGGAGGAGGUUCGCUCCCAGUGCCCGGUGGUAUGCAUAGCGGUGAAGGGGCACGAUCCGAGCAGUAUUGUGUGGAUGGAGUCGAAUAGUCGUGUUGCGGCAGAGGUGAUCACUAGACUCGUAACGACGGCGCAGAAGUCCACACAAGGCGUUUUUGCCGCGGCACUACGAGGCCCGCUGGAGGAGCACGCAGCAGCAAUUCUAAAGCUGCAAGUUAACCUGGGUAACAUCGAGUAA